GUUAAAUUGAUCAAAAAAAUCUUCUACCAAAGCUCAUUUCUUUUCUGAUCAAAUCAAUUUAAUUUUUAUCUUGUGUGAUUUCUUCUUUGCAAUAUUGUUUGCUGCAACCUACAAAAGAUGAUGAAUCCAUCUGACGUUCUGAAGAAGCAUCUCCACCAAGACGCGAAGAAUGGUUCACCAUUAGCCAUUCUCUUCGCUCAGAUUGUUCUGUUUAUUGCAACAAUUUUUGUGUGGAGAACCAGGCUAUACGCAGAACAUGAUCGCACCGGUUUCAAAACGGCUUUGUCUUACCAAAUCUUGGCCAUUCUGGUAUCUAAUUCGAAUCGUUUGAGUCGUCCUCCUGGAUCCAACCCUCGUCCUCCUGGAUCCAACCCUCGUCCUCCUGGAUCCAACCCUCGUCCUCCUGGAUCCAACCCUAGUCCUCCUGGAUCCAACCCUAGUCCUCCUGGAUCCAACCGUCACAAGGUAAAUCUUAUUGAAAAUGUCAUCUGCUUGAUUUUAACUCCUGUUUUUGAGAAAUUUUAUGAGAAAUCCUUGAGUAGUCUGGGUUUUGCCUUGAGCAUCACUGUUUUAUUUCUAAUCCUACUGGUCAUAAUCCGACCCUCCACGGACCUGGGGUUGUUCGGUUUUCUAAUUGGAGUCAUUGGAUCGGUUGCGUGCAAUCUCUUCGGACUCAACUUUCAAAUUUGGAUAGUUAUGGUCAUCUGUUUUCUGCUAGUGGGUUUUAGGAUCUGGCUAGACUGGAAGUGGUUGGAGGUAGGACAAGAUCAGUUACCUGUCACUGGUAGGAGUGCAGAGGAAGGGGUACCAGAGGAAGAAACCAAAUUUUCAAUGAUUUCAAAGAUUAUUGAGCUGUUAACGGAGUUAACGGUGGUGGGUUUCCAGGUACCAAAGGAAAAAACCAAAUUUUUAAAGAUUAUUGAGGUGUUAACGGAGUUAACGGUGGUGGGUUUCCACCUCUUUUGGGUUUCCAUUUUGUUUAGAACCAAUUGUCAAGCAAUGCACAAAUCCAUAUCUUGCUCCUCAAGUUCUGUAAUGGUUAUGCUAGCAAGUUUGGUUAUUUUUAAUUUGUGGUUCGGGUAUAAGCUUAUUUCUCGUGUAUAUUCUCUGUUGCUGAUUGUCCUGCUAGUCGUGGGAGUUGGAUGCCUGCACAAGCGGGAAAAGAAGCCCAGAAAAAAGAACAGAAAGACGAAGAUGGGCUAACGCACGCAUGCCACACUUAUCGUAAAGGCCGUGCCUAUCAGGUUUAUGUGCCUGCACAUAUAUAUUGUACUCUAGCAUCUUGUUUCUCUUCGUUAUGGGAUCUUAUACGCAACUCUCAACUCCACGGGAACUUAUACUUCAACACUAUCCUCAUACAAGGCCGCGGAUUGGGUAGUUGUUCAUAGCAGAAAGUAGGAAUGCCCUUUGAAUUGGAUUCGAGUUACCCCAUUGAAUCUGGUUGUCAUUCUUGACAAGGAUGGGCUGCCUGCACAACCUUCUAUGUGGUCAAGCAUUUUUUGUUUUGUAGUUCUGUGUUUGUACUGUGUUUCUGAUGUGGUUGCUGUAUUUGAUUUUCACAUAUGCGUCUUUUGUUGGUUUAAAGCCAAUUGUCGUCCCUCUACUUUAAUAUUUUAUUCGUUCUU